UAUAUUGUAUCUAUUCUGAUUUUUAGGUGUUCUAUAGAGAAAUCGUUACUUAUAAGCAUUGCCCAAAUGUUUUCAGUUUUUGUUCAGCGUGGAUCGGUAUGCAUGGUACUGGAAACAAACUAACUGAUCAUGGACCUGUCAAAUCCUAUUCUUCUAAAAGAGAAGAUGGGUCUAAGCUAAUUGCAACACUAAAACUUAAAAAUCUAUGCAAACUUUCCCAUGGCAGAGUACGUAAGCCCAAACAUCAUGUGAAGAAAGUUGGUUCAUCCUUGUUGAAGAGGAAAGUUACUGCCUCUGUUACCAAGGGGCUGAGGAGUGAUGUCUCUUACAGCAAAAAAGUGGGUUGUAAGACAAACCUGCACAAAGCAAACAAGAAAGGCUCUUCUAAGAAGUCGGGUUCAUCAAAGCUUCAAGGUAAAAAUGCUACUCAUGGUAGUUUGGAGGAGAAUGGUAAAAAGGCUAAUGCAGAUGUUAGAAUUAAAAAACUAACCAAGAAAACAAAGAAGGGGAAAAAGGAUAAGGUGGAGCUGGAUGAAGCAUCUCGGUUGCAGAGGAGAACAAAGUACCUUCUGAUUAAAAUGAAGCUGGAACAGAAUCUUAUUGAUGCUUACUCUGGGGAAGGCUGGAAAGGUCAAAGUCGAGAAAAGAUUAAGCCAGAAAAGGAACUGCAAAGAGCCAAGAAACAAAUAUUGAAGUGCAAACUUGGGAUACGUGAGACUAUUCGCCAGUUGGAUUCACUUAGUUCAGUAGGAAGCAUCGAAGGCUCUGUUAUUGCCCCAGAUGGAUCAGUUUACCAUGAACAUAUAUUUUGUGCUAAGUGCAAGUUACGUGAGGCUUUUCCAGAUAAUGAUAUAGUACUUUGUGAUGGAACAUGCAACCAGGCCUUCCACCAAAAGUGCCUGGAUCCUCCACUGGACACUGAAAAUAUACCUCCAGUAGAUCAGGGCUGGCUCUGCAAGUUUUGUGAGUGUAAGAUUGCAAUUAUAGAAGCAAUGAAUGCACAUAUUGGAACCCAUUUCUCUGUUGACAGCCAUUGGCAGGAUAUUUUCAAAGAUGAAGCUGCUCUCCCAGAUGAUGCGAUUACAUCACUAAAUCCAGAGGACAAAUGGCCUUCAGAUGAUUCUGACGAUGAUGAUUAUAAACCAGGGAGGCGGGAAAACAGCUUCAGGAUCAGUGACACGGCAACUGAUGGUAAUGAAUCAGAUGAUACAGACAGUUCAACCAGUUUAAGUUGGUCUGUGGAUAGUGAAGACCUUUCUGGAUUCGGAAUGGAAAACCAUCCAUUUGACAGUGGUGCUGAUUCUUAUGAAACUAGUGAUGGGGAAAUUGUUUGGGGUCGUAGGAGGCGAAGAGCAGUCGAUUACAAGAAGCUAUAUGAUGAAAUGUUUGGAAAGGAUGCUCCUCAAUAUGAGCAAGUAAGUGAAGAUGAAGAUUGGGGUCCAGGUAAAAGAAAGCAUAGAGAAAAAGUGUCAGAUGCUGCCAGCACACUUAUGACUUUGUAUGAAAGUGAGACAUUUUUAAACAUUGAAACCACAGAAAUGAAAAGGCAGCUACCUUCAGAACUGAAGAGCAGACAACCUUUUUUCAGAAUUCCUCCCACUGCAGUAGAGAAACUCCGACAGGUGUUUGCUGAGAAUGAACUUCCAUCUAGAGUCAUCAGGGAGAACCUUUCAAAGGAAUUGGGCCUUGAGCCUGAAAAGGUAAAUAAAUGGUUCAAGAAUGCCCGCUACUUGGCGUUAAAAAGUAGAAAGGUAGAGAAAGCAGAUCAUCUUCAGAGCUCUUCUCCUACAGUCACCAAGGAAACUGGACUACAAGCUCCAAAGAGGAACAAUCCUGAUGCCAUAGCAUUGGAGGAUAUGUCAGAAACAGCUUUGUUACGCACACCCAAGAGAUUGAAAAAGAAACUGUGGAAGAGUCCAAACUCAAAAUCAAACAGCAACAAGGUCAGUAAGGAAUUGAGUGACGAUGUGAUAUUGAAGAAGCUUUUAAACGUGAAAAAAAGGAAGAGGAAGAGGAAGAACAUUUUUGUUGGGGGCGGACUUCAGGCAUUUGAGUUAGAGAUGGAAAGACUUUGUAGGUUAAGGUUAGGCUUGAGAAUAUGAAGCAAACAUUAUUAAGAUUAGAAACUAGCAAAGGUAGAAAGUUUAAUAAAAGGCGGCUACGCCAGGAAUCGGUUAUCUAUAUUCCCAUUGCAGAGCUGAAGGAGAAGCUUUGACUGUGUUUACAAACCAACUUCACUACCGCUGCAGGAUUUUGUUCCUAAAGUUGCAAUGAGAAUUGAUACUGUUCUUUUUUUUUGUCAUAUUUUUUCUUGAUGAGAAAUUAUAUCGCAGUCCCUUCCUAGA